CAGGAAGUUGUGCGAUUGUUGCACAAGAGGAAGCAGAAAGAUGGAUCUUCUAGCGGCUGGUGCGAAGCAGGUGCAUUGUCACCUUCGAGACAACAUCUUCGAGGAAGCAAAAAGCAAAAGAAAACGACCCUAGGGAUGAUCGGCUACGACCAGGUGGAAGAUGAACAUCAAGCACAAGCGACUUAUUCCCUCUCGACCGCGAUUCCGACCCACGUCCAG